UUUUCAAGAGGAAUUUCACCGAGUAGGUCUGAAGGAAAUUUGAUUGACAUGGAAGACCGAAAACCGUCAAAAAAUUACAACAUUACAGGACAUCAAGACCCAGAUUUGCUUCUCAAUUGUCCAGCUGCUUACACCCUUCAUGGCAAUAAUGAAAUCAAAACUACAAAUCCAUUCUGGAAUGACCUGUCUGCUUCUAACCCAUUUUUGGAUGAUAUAGCUCAACUAAGAAAUAACAAGAAAAGAGACAAUAUUUCCAUCUUGAAAGAAGACCCUUCUCUUUUUUUUAGAGAAAUGGAAACUGGAAAUUCUUUUGAUUCCUCUGGUGAUGAACUUGAUGUCCAUCAAUUGCUUAGGCAGUCUUCCUUAAGGAAAUCUGGGAGAUCUAAAAGUGUUUCAGAACUUUUGGACACUUUAGAAGACACAGCACAUACCCGUCAGAUUACACAAAGCUCUGACCAGAUCCUAGUGCAAGAUUUAGAAUGGCUUCAAAAUGAUCGAGAGGCUUAUAAAAUGGCUUGGUUAAGUCAACGCCAGCUGGCCCGCUCCUGUGUGGAUUUGAACACAAUCAAUCAGAGUCCUGGAUGGGCCCAAACACAAAUUGCAGAGACCACCAUAGUUUGUAAGGUAAACCACGAAGGAGGGUCAAUACAAUUACCCGAAUCAGAUAUCACUGUUCAUGUGCCCCAAGGCCACAUAGCUAUUGGGGAAUUCCAAGAGAUAUCUCUGAGGGCUUUUCUCGAACCUCCACAAACUCUUAACCAUGAUCGUUCAUGCACUGUAAGCCCACUGUUGGAAAUCAAGUUAGGCAACCUCAACACAAUGAAAGCUAUUUUGCUGGAGAUGAAAACCGGGGCUGAAGUGAGAAAGGAUCCUUUCAGCCAAGUCAUGACAGAAAUGGUGUGUUUACACAGCCUGGAUAAAGGUGGCCCUUUCAAAGUGUUAAACAACUGCUACAUUUAUAAAGACACCAUUCAAGUCAAGCUAGUUAACUUGAGUCAGGUGAUGUAUCUGGUGGUUGCCACACAAGCUAAAGCUAUGCUGUCACCAGCUGCAACCAUUUGGGAUUAUAUCCACAAACCCACCUCACUUGGAAUUUAUGGACCCAAAUAUAUCCAUCCCAGUUUCACUGCGAUUUUCAUAGUCUGUGGACACAGUUAUUUGCCAGGAAAGCUCACAAUUACUGACAUCAAGAAGGGUGGAAAACACAUGUCUCCGGUUGUGUUUCAGCUCUGGGGGAAGCAUUCAUUUCUACUUGACAAACCACAAGAUUUAACUAUUUCUGUUUUCUCAUGUGAUCCUGAUUUUGAAGUAAAGGCAGAAGAAAGGAAAGGAAUCAAACGAAAACAGUUGUGCAUAGGUGAAGUAGUUCAUCAGCAAUUUUUCUUUUCUUUAGUUGAUCACAGGGAUAUGCACUUAUUUGUUUUCCAUGUCCAGGUGGUGCUUCCCAAUGGUACAUCCAUUACACAGUUCUCUAUCACUACACCUGAUCCAGCUCCAAACCUAAAACGUUUCUCCAGUCUGCCAUGUCAUUUGCAAAAUGAGAAAGAAAUCAAGUCUUCUCCUUUACUACCAACAGUGCCUGUUAAAUACCCCACAUUUCAAGAUAAAAAAUUGAACUUUACCAAUUAUGGGGUAACCCUGAAGACAGUGUUAAGACAAAGCAAGAUUGACUACUUACUUGAAUAUUUCAAAGGGGACAUAAUAGCUCUUCUUGGGGUAGGCAAAGUAAAAGCCAUUGGACAGUCCAAAGUGAAAGAAUGGUAUGUGGGAGUCCUCCGAGGUAAGAUUGGACUUGUGCAUUGCAAAAAUGUGAAAGUGAUUUCAAAGGAACAAAUAAUGCCUAUUUCAGAUGGUGUCUUCACAACUGGGAAUCUUCUUGAACAAAUUGCCCUGCCUUUUAAAAAACUGACUUAUAUCUACUCAGUUGUACUGACGUUGGUGUCAGAAAAUGUUUAUGACUGGAGGGUUUUAGCUAAUGUCCUAGGUUACUCACAUGUGACACUGGAAGAUUUUGACGGACUACAAGUAGACAAAGAAUCAGAAAAAGUUUCUUACGUUGUAAAGAAGUUAAAGGAAGAUUGUCAUACAGAUAGAAAUAGGAGGAAGUUUCUUUAUGAACUUAUUGUGGCUCUGCUGAAGAUGGAUUGCCAAGGGUUAGUAGCACAACUCAUCCAAGAGGCUGCUAUUCUGACUUCAGCUGUCAAACUCGGGAAAGGCUGGAGGGAACUAGCUGAAAAGUUAGCAAGACUCACAAAGCAACAAAUAGAGGCAUAUGAAAUUCCUCACCGAGGAAAAGCUGGAGAGGUUGCUGUUGAAAUGAUGUGGAAACCUGCCUAUGAUUUUCUCUACACCUGGGGUGCUCAGUAUGGAAAUAGCUACAGAGAUGUGUUACAAGAUUUGCAAGCAGCUUUGGUCAAGAUGAAAAACCCUGUGACCAAACAGUGGCGAGAUUUAACUGGAGCUUUAAUACUAGUAAAUUCUUUAGAGGUUUUGAGAGCAACUGCAUUCUCCACUUCUGAGGAAGUAUAG